GUAUUGCGCGGGUCUAUCUGUCGGCAAAAAAAUAGGAAAGAAAACUUAACAAAAAAUGGCGGAAGGCGCGACGUCUCUGAAAGGGCUGCGGGCUCAAAUGGCUGCAGCUGCGCAGGCGCAGGCAGAGGAGCGGCGCAUUCAGGGGAGCAGCCCAGCAGCUGCUGCAGCAGCACCAAUCACAGCCAAGCCGCAAGGCACGCGCCCAGUGAUAGACGGAGCGGCCCUCAAAACGGACGAGAGGCUGAGAGUGGCCAAAGAGCGGAGGGAGGAGCAGGAGAAGCAGCAAGCGGCGCGAGAGUCUCAGAUCCUGCAGCGCGAGCGGAAGGCGCGGGAGCAGUACGAGCGGCAGGUGGAGGAGCGCCACAGGAAGCUGGAGGAGCAGCGGCGGAAGGAGGAGCAGCGCCGCUCCGCCGUGGAGGAGAAGAGGAAGCAGAAGCAGGAGGAGGAGAAGGAGCACUACGAGGCGGUGGUCAGGAGGACUCAGGAGCGCAGUCACAGGUUGGAGCAGCGGCAGAAGAGGUGGUCCUGGGGCGGAGGGAUCACCACAGACACCGAAAACGGGAGCGGUGACGCCGGCGCCCCCUCCUGUCCUGUAGUUAUACUCGUGUCUCCCUGCUCCCCAGAGCAGCCCCAGAAGACCCUGCAAGUUGACAAGCGCUGUACGUCCACCAUGAACCUGAAACAGCAGGGCGACUCGCUCAUCAGCAAACGUCUGUCCUCCUCCUCCGCCACCCUAAUCAACUCUCCCGACAAGAGUGCUAAGCGAAGGAGCUCGUCUCUAACCCGGUUGCCUAGUAACGUGUCCCAGCAGCCUGCUAAGGACAGCAGCCUCCCCAGGCAGCCUCAGGUGGAGCAGACAGGCCCCAAAACGAAGAGGCGGAGCUCCUCCCUCUCUCGAAUGAGGGACCAAUCUAAUAAACUAGAACAAGGCACCAAGGACCAAUCAGCGCGUCGCACCCUGACGUGCCCCAUGGACAGCGGGGUCCUGAGCCGCCUGCUCACCCCCACCCAGGCCUCGCUCGCCCGGAGCAAGAGCGCCACCGCGCUGUCGGCCGACGGAUCCACCCCAGAGUCUCACCUCUGUCCUCGUUCAGCCUCGGCCAGCCCCCUGAACCCCCCCAGGGGCCCCCUCCGCAGCAGGAGCACCGACCGCAAGGGCCCCCCGUCCUCCCCCACCGCCGAUGGGGCCCCUGACGUCACACAGAAAGCGGAGAAGGAGAAGCGCUUCUCCUCGCCCGGCUGGAAGCGCCCGUCCUCCCCCUCCAACGUUCUGGGCCGGCGCCGCUCGCCGUCCCCCUCGCCCUCCAACACCAAUAAGAGAACGCCGUCCCCCGGCCCGGCCAAACAGAGCCCCCGGGCCCGCCCCCCCUCCCCCAGCGGGCCCAGACAGCGCCCCCCUUCCCCACAGCCCGCCCCUGCCUCCAAACCCCCUCCCAUCCAGCGCCCCGCCUCCCCACAGCCCACCCCUGCCUCCAAACCCCCUCCCAUCCAGCGCCCCGCCUCCCCACAGCCCGCUCCUGCCUCCAAACCCCCUCCCAUCCAGCGCCCCGCCCUCACCCCCACCGGCCCCCCCACGCUGCGGAAGAGGGACCCCAAACCCAAAGAGGGAUCCCCCAUGCAGCCCCUCAUCCCCCCCCAGGCAACGGAGACCCCCCCUGCCAGCACCCCGCCCGGCAACAAGACCAAAGACGACUCCAGCUCCAAGGCCGCGGGGGGCACUACCUCUGCCGAGGAGGCCGCCAGGAUCCUGUCGGAGAAACGGCGUCUGGCACGCGAGCAAAAGGAGCGGGAGGAGCAGCUGAAGCUGCAGAGGGAGGAAGAGGAGCGGGUGAGAAAGGAGGAGGAGGAGCGCCUGGCGGAGGAGGACAGGGCCAGGCAGCUGGUGGAGGAGGAGAGGAGGGCCGAGGAGAGGAAGAGAGAGGAGGAGGAGCAGGAGCGGCUGGCCGAGGAGGAGAGAGUGCGUCUGGAGCAGGAGGAGCAGGAGAAGCAGGCGGAGCUGCAGAAGGAGCGCGAGGAGGCCGAGGCCCGGGCCCUGGAGGAGGCAGAGAAGCAGCGCGAGGAGAGGGAGAGGAUCAUGCAGCAGAACCUGCAGGAGCGCAUGGAGAGGAAGAGGAGAAUCGAUGAGAUAAUGAAGAGGACCAGGAAAACGGAGCAGAACGACCUCAAGAUGGAAGACAAGGGCAUGCUGGAUCUCAAUGGAGAGGAGGACAAUCACACAAACCAGGAAGCCAUGGGAGAGGGACUUGGAAAGUUUGUAGACAGUACUGCCCAGGAAGUAGAGACCAGCUCACAGAAAACAACUCUGGAUUCAGGAGAGCCAAUGGCAGAGAAACUGACUCUGGAUUCAGGAGAGCCAUUUGCUGAGAAUCUGGCCCCACGUUCUGGAGAGCCAAUAGAGGAGGAAGGGCUGUUUGGGGGCAUGAAUGGAAAAGAGGGCGACAGACCGCAGAAACACAACAGCACCUGCCCAGAGGAGCCUGUGGAGCACAGUCUCAGCCCCACCCCCCACACGCCAGACGGCCCUGAGCUGGCCUGCAGCCCCACCCCGGAGUCACGCACGGUGGAGGGGCUGGAGUUCCUGAACGAGGACGCCCCGCUGGUGGACCUCCAGGGCCUGAGGGGCAAGGCCGGCACCUGGACCUUCGAGGAGCUCAUCGACCUGGGCGUCCACAGCAAGAGCCACGUGCUCAUCGACGGAGACGGCCCGGAGCACAACGGGGGCCCCGAGGGGCCCAGGGUGGCCUUCGAGGAGAAGGGGAACGGAGUGAGCGGGCCCCCCAUCCAGGCCCUGUCCGAGAUGUGAGGCUGGGGCCCCCAGAACCCCUGUGAUUAUUGCACUCCUGCAGUCCUGUCCUGUGAGCGGGGCCCUCCAACUCCAACCCAGACCCUUCACCCGGACAGACAGACAGACAGACGGACAGACGUACAGACAAACACAGGCUGGGGGAGGACCACAGGAGGAUCUCAAAUGGAGGAAUUUGGAUUUUUGCUAACUUUGCACCUCAAAGAUAUUAAAAAUAAUAAUAAUAAUUUUAAAAAGCUUCAGGGAAAAUAUAUUCCUUCAGUGUGCUCACUUCUAGGUUUCUCCAGGUCUCUUCCUAGUACAAACGGUCCUGUUUUUAUUCUGUUUCAUUAUUGCUGUGUUGAUAUUUACUGUGAGGAGUGCGUUAUAAAUUAUUCCGAUGGCUUUCUCAGAGUCUAUUCCUCCGAUACCAUGUUGUUUUUUUUCCUGUUGUUUUGGUUGGUUUGAUAAAUUCCAGGAAACGGGUCCAUUCUACAUGCGUGUGCGUGAAGGAGUUUGUUUCUGAUGUCAGGACUGAACCUUCGUAGGUCACUGCUCCAGCUCAGUGUAGGAUUUGUUUAUCAGGCUUUUAUUUUGACAGUGACGUGAGCGGAGAGGGUGGGGUUUUCUUCCUGUGGGCGUGUCCUGGCCCAGUCCCAACACCAAACAGUUGAGGCUGAAAUGUGAUGGUGGCGUGUUUAAGAGGUGAACGGAUAUAUGGUGAGCUCCAGGAGUUUCUACACCACUGGGGACAGGACCUGUCCUCUACUGCCCCAGGGCUUGCUCCACCCACCUGUCACUCAGCCAGGUUAGUCCCAGAAUUCCCUCUCUGUCACAGUAACCCCGCCCACUGCCUCUCUCAUGGCCAGUACUAGAACAGUUAGUGGUGAUGGGAGAGUGAGGUUUCAUUAGCCCCAAUAAGGAUGGAGCUACCAUGAGCUGUCAGUCCACCAACCUGUUUAAUCCAAUCAGAAUGUUGUUACCGUCCACAGAAAAGCACAAUGAUUGGUGCAGCUAAUGGUAUGUAGAAGCUCUGCCUGUGUUUGGCUUGAUGAGUCUUUAUUUUCCCAUCACUGUGUCCUGCUACAGACCCACACAUUGCUGUGCUAUGACCACACACAAUAAGACCCUGGCCUCCAUAAAAACACAUUCACGGUUCCCCUAGGGAUGUUCUUGUAGACUUAGCCUUGUUUUCACGUGACUUCAUAUUCUCCAUUGUAACUGGCUUUUUUUUCUGCUGAAACGUCAGUCGAACAUCUCAAGAUUAUAUCAAGGAUUUCUACGGUAGUGACGCAUUAGUGAUAGACUUGUUCCCUGACUGACGGUAUUCCUGUUCAUUGUAUGAAGGUUUUAACAAGUCAUGGUCGAGGCAUUUCAGCACGUGGUCAGUAGGGGGUGCUCUGCAGUCAGAACUGAAGUGUAACGGCACUUGUUUCGGUUAUUGUAACUUUCCUCUUUAUUUUCUUUUCCUCAAGAUUGAAGGAGUGAAUAAUUUAAGAGGGGGGAAAAAAUAGUUUGCAUAAGUGCUUUAUAUUUAAUGAUGUUUAUCUGUUGCGGUGUCUGUUCGUUCUAAUAUGGUCCGUUUCUAUCAGGACCUCGUGUUUUCAGAUAUUAUUUUACAUUUUGUUCGUUUUUGUUUUUCCGUGUAUAUAUACUUGACGAUGUAGUUAACACUUUACGAAUUCUUAAUUUAAAUGCAAACCGGAAACAACUAUGAAACGGAGCAGUUACGGUUGUCUACAUGAAGGUAGAACCUAGGAGUACUAAUUAUAACGCAUAGGAGAUGUGGUCGUGUCUGUUGAUAGUUGCUUUCAGAUGGUGAAGUUCAUUUGGUUCCUUUUUGUGUCUGCAGAGUUGAAUAUGGCAGGUAAAUGUGUAAAUCCAACUGGAAAUAUUUAACCUAAGGACCACGGUCCCCCCGGGGGCCAGAAUUUGUACUUGAUAACCAUUCAGGGGUGGAGAAACUGUAAAUCUAUGUUGACAUGCUCGCCUGUGUUUUAUCUUUUUACCAUUUAAACAUUUCUACAUUCGUGCAUUGUCCAGAGAAGACUUGUAACUGUAAUUUUCCUUCAUUCCAGGCAUCCCAUGAUUAAAAACUUUUUUUAAAUAAAGGAAAAUAUAAUCGGGCAACCAAAAUGAUAUAGGGGUAUAGAGUAUAUGGCUUCAUAUUUAAGUAUUGUGUAUGUAAUCAGUAUUAGGCCUUGAGACAGGGCGGGGAGUAGCAGGAGGGUUUGUUACGGUUGAUUUAUCUCUCUAGAUGUUCAUUCCAUCAGACGCAAACCCUUCUCCUGGGUAGUCUGUUCCUUUUUGACACCAUUUCCUAAUAAAGGCCCUAUCAUAUCAGACUGAGAUUUGACACCUUUGGACAAUGCCUGAGGGUUCUGCAUAAGUGUCGGGAGAAUAUCUUAUGUUGUACUUUGACAGAGACUGUAUGUAAGUGUCAGUUUGGGCAGUGGGGUGGAAGGGGGAGAGGUUGUUUUUACAUUCUGUCUCAAAUCAUCUCGGUGCAGAAUGGGGUUGUUUUUUUCGGCUGGUGAUGUGGGCACGUUUGCUUGUUGGGUUGUGAGAGGAGAGUUAACAGGCUUGGUGUAAUGGAGUUCUUUUCCUGUUUCCUGUCAUGCGCAGUGUGUCCAGAGGAAUAGGUAAUAGGUGGGAAAUGGGCACCGCCUGGUGAUAGUUUGGCAGCACAUUUGACAAUUUGUUUAAUUUAUUUAUUUUUCUUUUUUUUUUUGUUUUGAAGAAAAGCAAUUUACAAAUUUGCCUGAAUGGUGAAAUUGAUAUUGUGAGACCUCUGUUUUGAUCUAGCACAAGUUCUGUGUUCUAGCACAUGGGGAAAUGCACCUCUCUGCUGAGUGGCUGGAUGCCUGUGUGGUUCACCUGAAAACUGUUACGCUACAGUCGAGUUACACACCCCACCUAAACAUACCAACUCUUAAUGGAGUGCCUGGUUGGACCUUCUCAGCAAUAACACACUUCAGUACCAUUACAAAGGUACUGUUUCCAAAGCAGUAAAGAAAAAAAAAUUCAUCUCACUCUUCUCUGUAACAAAAGUGUUUGCCACGUUUUGUGAUGUUGUGUGGCUGAGACAAAAUCAGGUAUAUCGGUUACAUUUGUGGAAGCGGUUUGGUCAGAAAGUAGCCCUGGAUGUUGUCGGGAAAAUGCUUUAAAGUUUUAAGGUUUUGUUUCUGUUUUACCGUUGGUCUUUUCUUCCGGCCAUGUUCUUGUGUUCAUCCACGCUUCGCUAGUGAAGCGAUUGUACGUCUCACAGCGAUGCAUUCAUCACCCCCGGGCCUAGACAAGCGUCUCCCCAGCGUAGCAGCUGCUUAAACUGAAGUUUCGUCCACAGAACGGACUAUUCUUAAUCCCAUAAUGGUCACUACGACUGUAGGUUAGAACAGUGCCUUAGGGUGAGAAUAGGUUGUAAAUGUUGUUACUUUAACUGAAAGGGUCAGAUGUACUUACCUGGGUCGUGACAAUCAUUCUAGUGGAGCAGGCGGUGAACACCGUUUGCUUAACCGUUCUGAGCUGUGUGGAUGUUCAGAUAUCCCUGUCAACAAGCCACUCAUUUGUAAAUACAUCUCCUGACGUGUACUGAGGAAAAUAUGAAAUGUUGGUAAUAUGAAAUAUGGAAUGUUAAAUAAAGUUUUGCUAAAUAAAGGCUAUUUAAAGAAUAAA